CGCGUGCAGCAGCUGGGAGAACGGCACAUUCCGCGCCGGGGGUCGCUAGGAAGGGGCUGAAAAUUAGGCUGCCACUAUCACCUGAUGGAGCAAUUCCGGCAGGCCCUGGAGGAGCUUUCCGCAAUUGGGCACCAGAGCCGAGGGAACGAGUGUGAGCCUCGCAGCUGCCGGGGAGCGCGGCGGCUCUGUCUCUCCUCCGAGGCCGUUUCCAGGAGUUGCCUCCCGCCCCAGGGCCGGGCACGCUCUGGACUCGCUGGCAACCGGCGGAGAGAACUUGCAGCAUUCCCCGCCAGCGCCACUAGAGAGGCCCAGCUGGCCCGUCCCCCCUCGCGCUAAGCCGCCUCCCUCCCUCUCUCCCUCUGAGGCCAUAGCCGGGCGUGGCCCAUUUUAAGUGGGGGCUAGGGACGGCAGAAGUGGGGGGGCGCCACGGAACGGGCAGCCCCCUCCCACAUGAGCCACGGGCCGAGUGCCCUUCACGGGCUGCUCUCUCUUCGCGGGGGAGUUCUGGACCUGCCACCAGAGGCUCCCUCCCCCCCGCCAAAGAGCCAAUCGGACUGAGUCUUCAUUUCUCCUCCCCCCCCGUUGCAGGAGCCCCUCUGGCCCGGCGGGCGGGGCUCGGCGGUCUCGGAAGCGGAAGCGACGCCUCCCGACCCCCACCCCCCGCCCGGCCGCCCGGUCUCCAUCCCAGCGAAGGUGCUGCGCCGCUGCAGGCCCUGGAUGUUGGCCCAGCCCCCCUAUUGCUGCUCCUGCAGGUGCUGGUGCCCCGUUUGUGACACCCAAAGCAUGUAGUUGCUUGCUGGUCCCUCUCCCCAGCCCCCCACAGGGCCUCUAAAUCCUCCCUCCCCCAGGCCCCAGCACCAUGUCGGGCUCCCUGAGCAAACGCAGCGACCUGGCCAAUGACAACAGCUGCCUGGGGCUGAGCCUGGCCUUAGUGCCUCCCCCUGGGGGACAGAUCCUGCUACACAAAGGGCAGCAGCGAGCCUACAGCUGUGCGCAGCUGCAGGGUGUCCUGGGGCGGCCGCCAUCCCUGGAAGAGCCAUCCAACACCAAAUGGGUGAAGGAUGGGCAGAACCAGCUGCGGCAGGCAGCCGAGCGAGGCUGCGACCAAAACCGCAAUGAAGUGACCCCCCCCACGAAGGAGCUGAGCGCCCUGCUCAUCCCACUGAGGGGUGAGGGAGGCAAAGACGGGGAGCCGGAGCAGGAGGAGGAGGAGGAGGAGGAGGAGGAAGAGGAGGACUCCACGCCGGUCCAGAGCGAGCCUGUGACAGAGUCCGAGCAGAGCUCAGAGCGGGCGCUGCCCCGUGGGGAGUCAGGCCGCAGUGCCAGCCUCCUUUUUGGCAUGCACAACAGUGCUGCCAGCGACGAGGACUCCAGCUGGGCCUCCCUCAGCCAGGGCAGCCCCACCGGCAGCUCUCCUGAUGAAACAGACUCCUUCUGGCUGUGCAACUCGCUGGAGACAGACUCUGAUCUCCCGGCAGGAUGGAUGCGGGUUCAAGACACGUCUGGCACUUAUUACUGGCACAUUCCAACGGGCACCACUCAGUGGGAACCUCCGUCAGGUAGUGGAAGCAGCGACUCCCCAGGAAAUACUCCCUCCAAGGAGACACAGCUCACCUGGAUAGAGUUUGGGCAAGCCGAACCCUCGGAAGACGCUGGCUUCUGGAAGCAGGCCCCAGCGGAGGAGGCGACCCCAGAGCCCCAGCCGGACAAGGCCCAGCCCAGUUUGCAGUUGGGGUCCCCCAGAAUCUGUUCUUCCCUGGAAGAGGAAGGUGAGGAAGAAGAGCGAGUCUUGGGCAUCUCCCAGGGGUCCAAGUGCUUCUCAGUGUGCUCUCUGGGCUGGGUGGAGAUGUCCGAGGAGGAGCUGACUCUGGGGAGGAGCAGCGUUGCUGUCAAUAACUGCAUCCGGCAGCUCUCGGGGCCGAAUUUGGACCUCAGCGGCUCCUGGGCGGAGGGCAAAGCGAUGCUCCUGGUCCUGGAGAAUGAGGCGCUGAAGCUGCUGGACCGCCAGGAGCAGACAGUGCUGCACAGCCAGCCCAUCGUCACCAUCCGUGUCUGGGGUGUUGGGCGGGACAGUGGACGGGAUUUUGCUUACGUGGCCCGUGAUCAGCUGGCCCAGAUGUUGAAGUGCCACGUCUUCCGCUGUGACUCCCCAGCCAAGGAUAUUGCCACCGGCCUCCAUGAGAUCUGCUCCAAGAUCCUGACGGAGCGACGGAAUGCACGCCUCCCCCCCCUGAAUGGCCUGUCCCUGGAUCACUCGAAGAUGGUGGAGAUCCCCUUCCAAGUUGAGUUUCCAGCCCCCAAAAGUGAAUCGGUGCAGAAGUUCCAGGUGUAUUAUUUGGGAAGUGUAUCUGUGGCAAAGCCUGUGGGCAUGGACAUCAUCAACGCGGCCCUUGCAGCAGCUCUGGCAGCUGGAAGGAAAGAACAGUGGACACCCACCCAGGUUAGCGUGGCACCUGCCACCCUCACCCUCACCCACCAGCAGACAGAGGCCGUGCUGUGCGAGUGCCGCGUGCGCUUCCUCUCCUUCAUGGGCAUCGGGAAGGAUGUCCACUCCUUCGCCUUCAUCAUGGCGGCUGGCCCCGGCAACUUCUGCUGCCACAUGGUCUGGUGCGAGCCCAACGCCGCCGGGCUGAGUGAGGCCAUGCAGGCCGCCUGCAUGCUUCGCUACCAGAAGUGCUUGGACGCGCGGCCCCAGACUACCAGCUCCUGCCUCCCAGCGCCCCCAGCGGACUCUGUGGCGCGACGUGUGGGCUCCACCGUGAGGAAGGGUGUGCAGACAUUGCUGGGGAGCCUCAACCCUAAGCGCCAGGGGGCUCAGACACCAUGACCCCCCCCCGUGGGGAGCAUGGGAGGUCUGCUCCCUGGAUGAGGCAAGCAUUGCCAGCUCUCCCUGGACCGGACCGGCAGCUCUCCCCACCCCCACCCCCCAUGUGCCUGUCCCAGGGGAAGGGAAGUGUGCAAGGUGUAUAUUUAUGAUGUAUGAGUGUGUUUGCGGAAGUGAGAAAUGUCAUUGCUCCCUAUUAUGAGCUGCUUGGGGCAUAGUGGGGGUGCAUACCUAGGGCUGCCGGUGCCACCUCUCCCAAAGCGACAGCCAUGCCACUCUGUGGGGCCUGAACCCCACCACCUCACAGGCACUUGAUUUAAUCUGUUGCUUCUAACUGAAGGAGGUGGAAAUGGGGGGCAGGCAGACAGGGCUGUCUUUGCAUUCUGCCCUGCAGAAAGCGGGGGGGGGAUAGGUCCCUUGCACCUUCAGUGUGUCUCCCCCACCAGCUGGCCCCACAGGACUGAGGCCCUUGCGGGGAGGGGAGGCGAGGGGGAGCUGCCAUUUCUGCUGUAACAAGAGAUCUCUGUGUUGUACUGAACCUACUAAUAAACUGCGUUCCCCUGA